AUGGAGGGGACUGUUUUUACUCCUGCACUGAAAGAACUUGAGCAUGUAAAAUCAGAGCAAGGAGAAAUUCUGAGCAAGCCUUUCUUGGAAGCGUGCAAGCACAUUUUGCCAGUAAUAGAUAAGUUUGGAGCUGCUAUGGCCCUUGUUAAAUCUGACAUAGGUGGCAACAUAUCGAGAUUGGAAAAUAUGUAUUCCUCCAAUCCAACCAGAUUCAACUACCUGUACAGUUUGAUACAGGUGGAGAUUGAAACUAAAACAGCUAAAUCAUCAUCUAGUUGUACCAAUGGACUUCUUUGGCUGACAAG